CUUUGGGCCUAGCGGUGAGUCGGAGCCUUCUGAGGAACGACGUAAAACGUCGGCGGCGGUGGGAAGGCUUCACCCCUUCUACUCAAAAUUCCAUUAAGUACAAUAAAUUAUUUCGAUCAAUAAAACGUUUUCUUUCAAUAUAGCUGUGCUAUCAAUAAGGGUUUCACAAGUCAAGCCAUGUCCACCCCGGCCAGACGAAGACUUAUGAGAGAUUUUAAACGGCUUCAAGAAGAUCCUCCAGCUGGAGUCAGUGGGGCCCCAUCUGAAAACAACAUAAUGGUGUGGAAUGCAGUGAUUUUUGGGCCCGAAGGAACUCCCUUUGAGGACGGUACAUUUAAGCUCAUUGUAGAAUUUACAGAAGAAUACCCCAACAAACCCCCCACAGUACGAUUUGUCUCCAAGAUGUUUCAUCCAAAUGUCUAUGCAGAUGGCAGUAUAUGUUUAGACAUUCUACAAAAUCGAUGGAGUCCCACUUAUGACGUGUCCUCUAUUCUUACUUCCAUUCAGUCUCUGCUUGAUGAGCCGAACCCCAACAGCCCAGCCAACAGUCAAGCAGCCCAGCUGUACCAGGAGAACAAACGGGAGUACGAGAAGCGGGUGUCUGCCAUUGUUGAACAAAGCUGGAGGGACAGUUGACCUGACAAUCCCAGCUGCUGCUCGCCUCAUCCUUAAGCUGUGUGUGCUGCAAGUUUUAGUGGAGUAACCGAAAUUUUAAACUUUUUUUUCGCCCAAUCUUUUCCUUUUACGCUUUUAUGCACUUUACCCUCAACUUCUCUGAAAAGCGUUUUUUUUUUUUUCUUGUCUAGCAAGAGGUUCUUUUUAUGGUUCCUUCCUGUUCUAGUCAACCAGGGAAAUGUGCGUUGUCAGUUUGGGCUAUAAAGCAUCAAAACAAAAGAAAAGAAAAACAAUCUGGUGUGUUCUUACUUGCUUUAAUAACUUCCCAUGACUUGCUAUGGUAAAUGUCUCCAAGGGUGCAUCAUUUUAGUCAUGGGUUUCUGUUCUGCACCUGAUUGGUUCAGUCAGUUUUCACAAUGCAGUGGGAUUAUGAGCAGCCCUAUACAUCACCUACUACAGCUAAAUCAAAUAUCUCUGCAGCACGUCCUUUGCUGUGUUGUGAACUGUUACAUGCAUGAUGUAGUGUUUUCACAGUCCCAUCGAGUUCUCGUGUAUAUAAACAAAUCUGCAGCUGAAAUUAUAUACAGAUUUUGCACUGGUUGUCCCUCAUGUCACUUUUUCCAGUUCUUGUAAAUAAAACCAUCCUUAAUAGGGUAUGUC